AUGGUUCGCGUCAUAAUUCAGAAUCUCCGCGAUUGUAUUGGUCUGUCCUUGACAUUAAUAUCCAUUGCAACAGGUGCUGUUUGGCUUAGCUCGGCUCGGUUAGGCUCGGCUGUUGCCUUUUUCGGGGAUUUGAGUGGAGGUGGUGGUGGUGAUGAAGGUGGAGUUGGUGGUUGUGGUAGUGGUGGUGGGGAUGGCUGUUGUGGAGGUGGUGGUGGUGGUGGCAGUGGCAGCAUGGUGGUGGUGGUUGUGGAGGUUUUGGAGGAGGUGGUGGUGGUGGUGGUGGAGGUGGAGGAGGUGGUGGUGGAGUUGGUGGAGGAGGUGGUGGUUGUGGUGGUGGUGGUGGUGGUGGUUGUGGUGGUGGUGGCGGAGGAUGAGGAAGAGGAGGAUGUGGUGGUGGUGGUGGUGGUGGUGGUGGUGGUGGUGGUUGUGGAGGUAGUGAAUGUGGUGAUGCAAGUGGUGAAGUUGGAUGUGGAAGUGGAGGCAUCGCUCUCACUGAAUGAUAACGGGGUGCCAAAGGCAUUACUCGCGCCAAAUGAUGAUGAUGGGGUGCCUAAGGCAUUGCUCGCAUCGAAUGACGAAAAGGUGCAGAAGGUAUCGCUCGUGCAGAAUGAUGACGGGGUGCAAAAGGCAUCGCUCGCUUCUAAUAAUGAUGAUGGGGUGCCAAAGGCAUCACUCACGCCUAAUUAUGGUGGGUGCCAAAGCACUGGCGGAUCCACAGAGGUGCAAGGAGGUGCAGCUGCACCUCCCUUUGCCAAAAACUUCCUUUGA